AUGCACAUCACUAGUUCCAGCUCCUCUCAUCAUUCUGGUGGGCCCCCGCCAUCAGUAUUGCGACCCGAGCAUGCUUUGCAGCCUUACAGAGAGGACAGCGAUGAUGAUGGUUACAUAAUGGGUGUGUGGCAGCCAUUCCCAGGUCCAGGUCCCCGCAGUUCAUACGACCGCACAUCCAUUAGUACACCUCCCCAACACUCCAAUCCAGGUUUCUCCCGCACCGGUGGCGGUCGCGCCCACUAUGACUCACCAUACGCGACUGCCAGCGAGACUGGGGGGAGCUCAACUUUCACGUUUCCUAGCAUGGAAUGCAAGCGCAGUGGGCCGGUGUCUGUUGGCACACCAACGAAGAUGAUCUAUGAUGAUGAAGAACUACCUACUCCAACUGCUUUCAUAGCGAAUGUUGCGCGCCUUCCUGCGCUCAUGGGUUCUGGACUACCUACUGAAGCAAUGUUGCCACACAUGCGCACGAAGAGUCAAACAGCGGUUAUUAUUGGAUGCAACACCUGUAAAUGCUCCUAUGCAGGAGCAUCCUUCGAUGGCAACCAAGACGAAUAGCGGGGAAUCAAACAACAGUGAUCCUGACCAACCAAAGAAGAGACAUUGGUACAACAUUCGAAGGAAUUGUAGGCACAGCGAGGGUGAUCGACUGAACAGUGGGGUGAGUGAGGUGGGGCCUGAAGGCAGUUCAUCUCCCAAGGAUUCUGGGAAGUCGUUCGUCGUUAUUCGGGCACGGAAGCCUCAAUCAUCACAACCCGAAACUCAUCCACACAUUCACAAGGUUAGAUACUCAAUGGACGAAACUGGAGCAGGACCUUCUUCACAAGCAAAAUCUUUGAAGCCAUGAAUUGACAUUAUAAUGUGCAUACACGCCUUUUACACUUUGUUCUUACCUUGUCCUACUUUGCAUUUAUGAUGUACCACCUCGUGAUUUUUACGGUACACAUCAUCUUGCAUAUGUAAUAUUUACUGCACUCAUGUAUCUGAA